AUGGCGUCCUCUCACCACCGCAGCCUCCUCCUCCUCCUCUUCAUCCUUUCACUCUUCACUCUCCUUCCCCCCACCUUCUCUCUCCUCGCCGGUGAACUCACCGCCCUCCUCCGCCUCCGCGCCGCCGUCCGCGGCCGCACCCUCCUCUGGAACACCACUGCCGCCUCCCCCUGUUCCUGGGAAGGCGUGGCAUGCGACAACGCCACUGGCCGCGUCGUCGCUCUCCGCCUCCCGGCCAACGGACUGACCGGCAUAAUUCCGGCGAACACGAUCGGAAACCUUACGGAGCUCCAAACCCUCAGCCUCCGCCAGAACUCCCUCUCCGGAGAAAUCCCUCCCGACAUAGCCUCGUGCACACUGCUGCAGGACCUUCAUCUCCAGGGGAACACGUUUUCCGGCGAGAUCCCGUCGAGUUUUUUCACUCUGUCAAACCUAGCGCGCGUGAAUUUAGCCGGGAACAACUUUUCCGGCAUCUUAUCACCGGAGUUCAACCGUUUGAUCAAUCUGAGGACUUUGUACUUGGAAAACAAUCGCCUAACCGGCUCACUUCCCAAUUUCGAUGCUCUAAUCAGGCUGAGAAAUUUCAACGUGUCGUUUAACGGGAUAACCGGCCCAAUCCCCUUAGGUUUGGCCCGUUUUCCGGCCCAGUCCUUCCUCGGAAACCCCCUUUGCGGCCCACCUCUGUUAUCUUGUCCAGACAACAAUGGGAAUACACUCUCGAAUGGAGCCAUAGCUGGCAUCGCCGUAGGAUCAACCUUUUUGGUGCUCUUGAUUCUAAUCAUUUUCUUCUUCUCAUGGAGAAAAUACAGAAGCCGGAAAAUCCUCCCGGGGGCAAAUGCCUCCCCACUCGAGCGCAGAAUCCCAAGCCCGACCCCGAUUAUAUUUUGGGACGAAAAUAGCCACUCGUCGGAGAAAAAAGAUUCGAGCGAAUCGCGUAAAACGGAGGAAAUGAAGAGAGUGGGGGUUGACGGGCUGGUGUUUUUGGGCAAAAACGUGGAGACUUUUAGCUUGCAGGAGCUGCUUUCGGCAUUGGCCGAGGUCUUGGGGCAGGGGACGGUGGGGUCCACAUACAAGGCGUAUUUCGACAGCGGAGUUGAAGUGAUUGUGAAGAGGUUGAAGAAUGUGUGUGUGGGUGAGGAGGAGUUUAGGAACAAAAUUGAGGAGGUGGGAUUAAUGGUGCAUGAAAAUUUGGAGGGUGCUAAAGGCUACUUUUAUGGUAGAGAGGAGAAGCUUCUUUUGUAUGAACCCAUGACUAAUGGGAGUUUGUAUGCACUUUUGCAUGGUACCAACCAGCGGCCGCUAUCGUUGGAAAUCCGAGCGAAAAUAGCGUUGGGGAUUGCGUGCGGCAUCAAGCACCUCCACACAGCAACAACAACACACGGCAAUAUCAGGUCGUCCAAUGUGUUCCUAACCGACUACUACACUCCACGAGUAUCCGAAUAUGGGGUGACCCAGCUUGUCCACCCGGCAGCAGGCCCCAAUGGGUACCGAGCCCCAGAAGUGGUGGACCCGCGCAACGUUUCACGUGAAGCCGACGUCUUCAGCUUUGGAGUCCUGCUUCUUGAGAUGCUGACGCGUAAGGAACCAGGCAGGGUUCUGGUGGAGGAAGGGGUCGAGCUGCCGGGCUGGGUGGGGUCCGUUGCGGAGGAGAAUUGGCCUGCCGAGGUGUUUGAUCCUGAUUUGCUUAGGUAUGGGGAUGGUUUUAAGGAGGGACUAAUGCUGCGGCUUUUGCGCCUCGCACUUACUUGCGCCGGCCAGAGUCCCGAGACGAGGCCGUUGAUGGAAGAGGUUGUGAGAGAAAUCGAGGGGGUUUGUGUCUCGAGCUUUUGA